CGAAGUAGAAAAAACCUACUCUAGUAGAAAAUGGCUCUCCUGGAGAAUGGGUGUCAUCGCACUCAUCUUUGAGUGCAGUUUCUCGGCAUGCUUGAUCAUUGCUAAUAAAGAAAUGUUUAAAAAGGCAAAAAGAGCAAACUUCCGACGAAGAAAUGAGUCCGACGAGGACGAGCGGGAGGAGAAUACGCAGCCGAUGCUGGCGCCGACAUUGUUCGGGCCUGUUUUGGAGGAAGUCCCGUUCCUGGAGACCUCCAACAACAACCAUAACGUUAGCUUAGCCCCCAGCAGUAACGGCUUUGCGGGCAGUUUUAGCAGCGGUAGACCCUCCAAGAAGGACAAGAAGGUGAAAGAAAGCGGCGCCUUGGUGGUCGGACCCACGAAAGCUAGCUUGCUGAGUUUCGAUGAUGAAGAAGAAGAGGGAGGCUCUGAUGUCUUCAGAGUGAAGAAGUCCAAUCACAGCAAGAAAAUUGUCAAGCAGCUCAAAAAGGAAUAUAAGGAGGAUUUGGAGAAGGGUGGCACUAAAUCAGAUACACCACCUGUACCCACUGUCACUGUCAAAGAGGAAGUCGCCACCAGCAAUGUGGGCGGCGAACAUGGUGAAGAAGAAAUGGAGGUGGACAGUGCUGAGGAGCACGAAGAAGAAGCGAAAAGUCAAGGAACGAGUCAGGUGUCCAAGAGCAGCAACACCGGAACCACAUUCAACACUCUCUCCUCCCUCAGCACUCUCAGACCUGGGGAGAUCCCUGACGCAGCCUUCAUUCAUGCUGCCAGAAAGAGGCGCCAGCUUGCCAGAGAACUGGGCGGUGAUGCCCCCCUGGUAGAGACGGAAGCCCCAAAGAAACGCCUGGCGCAAGAAGACCAAGAUGGUAGCGACGACGAAGACGAGGAUGAGAAGAGGAUCCGCUUCAGCGGUGUGCGGAGCAAAACGCAGAGGCAGAAGAUCGCAGAGGAGAUAGGUAUCGAGGGGAGUGACGACGAGGCGCUGGAUGCUGGUGCUGAUGAGGAAGUGAGCCGGUGGGAGCAGGAGCAGAUUAGGAAAGGAAUCAGCAUACCACAGGUCCAAAGCAGUCAACCGGAGGACAACACUGUCUACUACCAGAACAGCUAUGAUGUUCAGCCUUACGGAGCUUCAUACAGCAUGCCUUUCACAUACAGCACUGCGGCAUCUCAUGCCGGCAAGAUACCCGGCCUGGCAGACAACGGUUCCGUUCACUUCGGCGUCUCUGUUAGUGACUUAGCCCCAGUGUCCAUUGAUCUGGUAAAGAAACGCCUGCAGGAUAGGCUCGGCCACAUGCAUGCAGGCCACAACGCCAACAUCGAGCGCUACAGACAGAUCCAAGAAGAGCUAACUGCCUCAGAGAACACCAUUCAGCAGCUGGACGGCUCGUCCAAUGACCAUGCAGAUCAAUAUAAAUUCUUGCAAGAGAUGCGAGGGUAUGUUGGAGACUUGCUUGAGUGUUUCAAUGAAAAGGUGCCUGCUGUCCUGGAGCUGGAGGCUGCCAUGCACCAGUUACUAAGGCAACGGGCCUUGCGACUCGUCCAGAGAAGACAGGAUGAUAUUAAAGAUGAAUCGGCGGAGUUUGCAAGCCUUUCAAAUAAGGCCGUCAUGGCUCCCAACCUGGACUUGUUUGGUCGCGACCGUGCAUUGUACCAAGAGAGCAGUCGCCAAAGGCGGAUAGCAGAAAGAGAGGCACGACGAGCUCGUCGGCGUCAAGCUCGAGAGCAGAAUGGAAAGUGGGCUGAGCACAAGGAAGGCUUGUCGUCUGACGAUGAGGAGACAUCUACGGACAUCACCAGCUUCGACAUGGAGCACGAUCGUAUCGGAAGAGAAUGUAAGAAAGUGUUUGAGGAUGUGGUGGAAGACUUCCAUUCUUUGGAUUACAUCAAAUCCCAGUUUGAAGUUUGGAGGAGGAACUACACCGACUGCUACAAAGAUGCUUACAUAGCCCUCUGCCUGCCCAAACUCUUUAGCCCUUUAGUUCGACUGCAGCUCAUCACAUGGAACCCUCUUGAGGCGCAGUGUGCAAACUUUGAGUACAUGCUCUGGUUUGAGUCACUAUUGUUUUACGGCUUUGAGGAGAAUAGCACAUUGCAGAAAGGUGACAGCGACAUCGGCCUGCUGCCUGCUAUUGUGGAGAAGGUUGUGCUCUCCAAACUGACAGUGGUGUCAGAACAAGUGUGGGACCCGCUGUCAAACAGUCAGAGCGUCAGACUGGUGGCCUUCAUUCGCAGACUGAUGAAAAGUUACCCAACUGUGCUGCAUGGGGACAACCAAUACACACGGGAGCUGCUGAAAACGGUCGUCCUGCGGGUGCGGCGAACACUGGAUGAAGAUGUUUUCCAACCUCUCUACCCUAAAAAUUUGCUGGAAAACAAGAACGGUGGCCCUUACUUAUUCUACCAGAGGCAAUUCUGGACUUGUGUGAAGCUAUUGGGGAACAUCCUGCAAUGGGAGGGGAUUCUCUCCCCUUCCUGUCUGAAGGACCUGGCUUUAGACAGCACUUUGAAUAGGUACAUCCUCUCUGCAUUGCAGACGACUGACAUCAGCGAGGACAAUGUUUAUAAGUCCCAGAGGGUGGUCGAAUGCUUGCCGGCGCAUUGGUUCUCUGGGCUAAAGGACCAGCAAACGUUGCCUCAGCUUGAGCCUCUUUGUCGAUACCUUGUGCAUUUGGCCAACUCUUUGUACCGCAGCAGCUUGGCGGCAUCUGAUACCGACCGGCGGGCAACAAGGGAGCAAGUGAAAGAGAUCGUAAAGAUGCUGGCACACAUGAAAGCAGUGGAUCACAUAAUUGCUGUGGCGGCAGAGCAAGGUAUCAAGGACAUCAAGCCUCUUUUGGAAACCAAGUCAUAGACCACAAACAUUUGUAGUCGUGUUCAACCUCUCACGAAUGGACUCUACAAUCUCUGCAGUCAGUUUUCCCCACAGAAGUGAAGUGUAAAUACUGUGAAUAAUGUAUAGAAGUGUUCCAUACCUCCUCCGUGCACUUGUUUAACACUCUUCUUGUCAAGUCCACUUGCCUUCUUAAUGCAUUUGGACUUUUAUUGACAUUUUUCAAAAUACAGUACCAAAACAGAGUUCAACACACUGCUAAUGUUAAAUCUGCCCAUCUGUCUUUGCUUCUACUCCUCUCACAUACACUCCUCAUUUUUCUUUCCAUUCUGACUUGACGCUGACCGGUAGUUAGAAAUAGCAGGGUCAUGUUUCAUGUUUUAUCAUUUCUUGUUUGCUUGUGAAUAAAAUAUACAGUUGAAAGUG